CAGUCGCACUAGGAAAACAGCUGUGGAAAGCUAAAGCUAGUUAGCACCGUUUGUUUUUGUCGUGUGAGUGUGUCAGCGAUUUGAGCCGUUCCUUGCGCAAACCGCUAUCUUACAAUCCCGGAGUGACCGACUUGUUGUCUGUCAUCUCUUUUAACCAUGAAGUUUCAGUACAAAGAGGAGCACCCUUUUGAGAAAAGGCGGUCCGAAGGCGAGAAAAUAAGGAAGAAGUAUCCGGACAGGGUACCAGUUAUCGUGGAGAAAGCCCCAAAAGCCAGAAUAGGAGAUCUGGACAAGAAGAAAUAUCUUGUCCCCUCCGAUCUGACAGUGGGCCAGUUUUACUUCCUCAUCCGGAAAAGAAUCCACUUGCGAGCUGAGGAUGCUCUCUUCUUCUUUGUAAACAACGUCAUUCCACCCACCUCAGCUACCAUGGGACUGUUGUACCAGGAGCAUCACGAAGAGGACUUUUUCCUCUACAUUGCCUACAGUGAUGAGAGCGUGUAUGGGAACAGCCAAAGGGAAAUCUGAUCCCGCUACCACCCCCCUCCAACCACUACCCACCUUUCUGAGACCUCUACCAUUCAUUCAUUUAAAUAUUAAAUCCAGCUCAGCAGCCUAGAGUUCCCACAGUAAAUAUUGUCAAAUGCACUUCCACCGCCCAUACAGUACCCUUCUCCCAUCCAUUUCUGUCUUUAUUAUUCUGCAGUCUGAAUUGUAUUUGCCUCCACUUUUCAGUAACAGCUUGGGUUAAGUGGUCUCAUGGCCAGUUAUUUUUCUAGGCUCAUAAUUGAUCAUGUUUAACUGAAAAGAUUAAUGAAAUAAUAUUAGAAAUAGGCCGUAAUUAUAGUUACUCCGGGGUUAAGGGAAGAAAGACAUAGUGAGUUCAAAUCAGCUCUUACUGACAGUGAACAUAGUUCUUGGCUGUCCACUUUUGUUGGCUUGCAGGAAUGUAAAGUGUGUUUUGAGUUUAGGGUAGUGAAUCAAUAGCACCAACCAGCUGAGGGCAGAUAAUGUCUCAGGCAGAGUAAAGGAUAACUGUUUUGCAGCAGUUCUUCUCUGAGAAAAAAACUAAAGUGGCUAGGUAAAAAAAAUUUUUUUAAAACUCACCAGUCACUGAAGUCUGUGAAUGACAGUUUAGUGUGCUGCCCUUCAUCUUAUCCUAGCAGGGAGUAUAAUAGAAUUCAGACUAAACAAUCAUCCUCUGCUUUCAGUGGUAAGACUAUUCUGUUGACUGCUACUAUGAUUAUUGUUGUUAUUAUUGUUAAUUUUAGAUGGCUUAAUUUCUAAAGGUAUUGUAAAGCUGAGUGCAAUUUUCUCUCUUUUUUUUUAAGUUUGUCUCCUUUUUUUAAAAAAAAAAAUAAGAUUUGAACUCUGUAUACAGCUGCAUUACUGGCUCUUUCUCUCCACUCAUGACCAUACAUGAUAAAAUGUGAUGAAAAGCU